UAUAAUACAUUGCCGAGAAGGACAACCUGAGAGAGAGAGAGAAUCUGAUCUGAGAAGGAGAGAAGAAGCUCAGACACACCACUGCGUUGCCUCUCAACAUUCGAGCAAGAAAGACCAGCGAGAGUGAGCUCGAGGGGCAUCUUGUCACGAGGAGCACUAGAAAGAAGCUUGGCGAGACACGCACGAGGGUGGCAGGGGUGGUGGGGGAUGCGGGCGGGGGCCUACACGAUCCACCAGACGCUCACCGCCGAGGCGGCCGCGGUGCUCAAGCUCGCGCUCGCCCUCGCGCGCCGCCGGGGCCAUGCGCAGGUCACGCCGCUGCACGUCGCGUUCGCGCUGUUGAACGGCCCCGCCGCGUGCUCGGCGCCGCUCGCGGCCUUCUCCUCCUCCUCGUCGCCGUCUCCGGCGGCGGCGUACGGGCUGCUCAAGCGCGCGUGCCUGCGGUCGCACCCUUCGGCGUCAGGGGCGUCGUCCCCGGCGACUGCCGCAGCGCACCCGCUGCAGUGCCGCGCGCUCGAGCUCUGCUUCAAUGUCGCGCUCAACCGGCUGCCCGCCUCCGGGCCGCACUCGCCGCCGUCAGGGGCCUCCUCGUCGCCGUUCGCGUCGUCGCUCGUCCAGCCCAGCCCCACGCUCUCCAACGCGCUCAUCGCCGCGCUCAAGCGCGCGCAGGCCAACCAGCGCCGCGGCUGCGUCGAGCUCCAGCAGCCGCCACCAGCCCCGACACCCGCAGCCACGGCGCAGCAGCAAACGCAGCCGCUGCUCGCAAUCAAGGUAGAGCUAGACCAGCUCGUCAUCUCCAUCCUCGACGACCCCAGCGUGAGUCGCGUCAUGCGGGAGGCCGGUUUCUCCAGCGCCACCGUUAAAAGCAACCUCGAGGAGGAGGGCGCCCUCAUGCCACCGCCCUCGUCCUCCUCCUCUCCUCCCCCGACGCCGCCGGCCAUCCCUCCCCACUUCUUCCUCGACCCCAGCAUUGCCAACCCCGGAGGCAAACGUGGCGGCUUCGGGCUGUGGCCGGCGCAGUUCUUGGCCGCGCCGGGCCCGGGCAUGGCCGCCUCGUCCUGCGUCCAGGAGGACGUGCAUGCAGUCCUGGAGGUGAUGGUCCGGAAACAGGGGAGGCGAAGCAACCCCGUGGUGGUCGGCGACUCGGUGUCCAUGGCGGAGGCCGUGUCCGGCGAGCUGCUGCGGCGCCUGGAGCGCGGCGACGUCCCAGAGGUGCUCGCCGGCGCGCACCUCCUCAAGCUGCAGCUCUCCUACGUCCACGUCCGGCUCAUGAGCCGCGCCGACGUAGACGCCAGGGCGGCCGAGCUCCGGCGCAGCGUGGACGCCGUCCAGCUCCAGCGCGGCGGCGGGCUGGUUGUCUACGUCGGCGACCUGAGGUGGACGCUGGACGAGGAGCCGCCCGCCGGCGCCGGGACCGACCACCACCAGACCGCCUCGUCGUACAGCCCCGUGGAGCACAUGGUCGCCGAGCUGGGCCGCCUCCUCGACGACCUCCGUGCCUCACGCGGCCGCGCCUGGCUCGUGGCUACUGCGAGCUACCAGACGUACAUGCAGUGGCAGCAGCGGCGCCGGCGGCAGUCACCGUCGCUGGAUGCCGCCUGGGCCCUGCAGGCGGUCGUGGUCCCCACCGGCGGCGGGACCGGCCUGGCCCUCAACAACCUCCGUUCCUCAUCCUCCCCAAGUGCCGGAGCAACACAGAUGCAGCCGGCCAUGGUGGCAAUGCAGCGGCUUGCCCAGAGUCCUUUCGGAAUGGCCGCAGAGCCGAUGGCUUUUGCUUUGAAAGAAGAGCAAGAAGAGAAGCUGGUGCUCUGCACCGAGUGCACCAACAACUACGAGAGGGAGGCGUCGCUCGUGAAGGCAGAGGCUGACGCGGAGGGCCAGCGCGCCAGCCUCCCUGGUUGGUUGGUUCCAGACAAGCCACUGGCUGAUCAAUCACUACACAAGGAGAAUUAUUUGAUUGAGCUGAAGAGGAAAUGGAGCCGGCUGUGCAGAAAGCUUCACAUCUGCACCGAUCCAUGCUCUGCUCUAUGCCCAUGGUGGUCUGGCUCUUACUUGUCACCGGGCAAACAGAGCAAGCCAAGCGUCGCAGGGUUCUUGGGCUUGGAGGGACUGGUGGAGCACGGCAAGGGCAGGGGCCAGUGGUCACCACCAUCGCCGCUGUCUCGUUGGGGCCUGAGCUCGCUGAGGGAGCCGGAGGGCCUGAGCGUGGGGACGACGCUCGCUCUCGGCAGCCUCCCGCUCUCGGACUCCGCGACAUCCCACGGCCGCGCCCCGGCGGGCGGUGAUGGUUCAGCGGAGGCGCGCGAGCUGGAGCGGAGGCUGCGCAGGAACAUCCCGUGGCAGCCCAGCGACGUCGUCGCGGAGAUUGCCGAGGCGGUGGUUGCUGGCUGUGGGGGGAAUGGGCGGAAGGGCGUCUGGCUGUACGUCAAGGGGAGCGACCAUGCCACCACGCGCCGCGUGGCCACGGUGAUUGCCGAGACGCGCUGCGGCUCAGCUGAUCGCGUCGUCUGCGUUGGUCCGUGCAAUUUCAGCUGCGCAGAGGAGUUCUGCUCAGACGUUCUCUCGAGAGCGCACACGAUCGGCGGCAACAAGUUGGUGCUCGUCGUCGACGACAUCGAGCACGCGCCACAGGACGUCGUCGACUGUCUCGUCACAGCGUUGAAGAGCGGUUCUCUCAAGGAUCAGGGCGGCCAAGAACUCGAUCUCUCGGACUCCAUCCUCGUCCUGACAACAUCAAAGUUCACUAGUGGCGCCGGCGACGUGAUCAGCCUGCGGCUCUGUUCAGAAGACGAUGCGUCAUCCGGCGUUCUCAAGAGGAAGACAGAGUCACCACAGAGAGAGUGCAAGCGGCCACGGCAUGACGCCGGCCGCGGCCUUGACCUCAACCUCUGUGCCGAGGAGGACACCGACGAAGGCAGCAGCGACGAUGACGAAGCCGUUCCCAGCGACAUAACCCAUGAAGGCGAUGCCAGCGAGCAGGGGCACCCUGACAGCCUCCUCCAAUCGGUUGCCACCCACGUCGUCACCCUCAGCGAGAACCGCCAGGCCGCGUCCGCCAUCCGCGCAAGGCUCGCCGCGGCGCUCGGGCGAGAGGCGCGCGUUGCCGAUGACGCAGCGCAGGCGCUCGCCACGGCGUCGGGACACUUCCUUGACGAGGUGCUGGAGAGGUGGGCCGCGGAGGUGCUCGAACCGGCGGUGGCGGCGGCAACGGUCAAAAAUGGCGGGAAGGUGGUGGUGCUUGGGGUGGGGCCUGGUGGUGGGGUCCGAGGGACAGGGUUCAUGGGCUCCGUCCUUCCAAGUAGGGUCCACGUGGACUGAGCUCACCAAUUUUUGCUCCCUUUUUGGAGAGACUACUGUGUGGUAUGUAUGUAAAAGGAUUGUGGUCUAGAAAUGGAGAAUUGGAGGGUAGGGUGGGGUUAUAUCUCAUAUGUCCUACAAAUAUAAUGCAUCUAUU